GGAUAUUCAGGUAGCUUAACUAUCUUGUAUUAAACGAAAAUAUUUUUCGGGGCUACGAGUCUAAAGGAGUUAAGCCCACAUCUUCUAAACACGGCUCGAUUGGAGAGAGAUGUGGCUGGGUCUGUGAAGUUGGGGUCUGUGAAGUUGCAAUCAACUAUAGCAGCGCAUCAUCCGGGGUUUUCAAGGUAUAUUAAACUAACAGUGUUAAUUUUAUAUUGAUAAAACUCCUUACAACCAUUAAAAUGCUAGUAAUCUGGAUUCUUUAGGUAAGUAAAUGACCGCCACGUCCAUCAUCGGCCAUUACUCCGAACCCCGCAUGGGACUAUUAGUUUAUGUGCUACUGUCACCAUUUCAACAUUUUCACAACUGCAUACCAGCAAACGGGAGCACUAAGAUUGGACACAAUUGAGAAUGGACAGCCAGAUAAAUGUUCUCAUUUAUGGCUUAGGAGCCAUUGGCUCCUUUUAUACUUUUAUCCUAAGUCGCUGUGACCGCGUUCAUUUGACCGUGGCGGCGCGAUCAAACUAUGACGCCGUCAAGAAAAACGGUAUCUUCAUCGACAGCGAAAACCAUGGGCAGCACAGAUUUCACCCUCAUCACGUCCUAAAAUCACCCGAUAAAGUCUCCAGCCCAUUUGACUACAUUCUCUGUGCGCAUAAAGCCAUCGACCAAGAAGCAGUGACGUCCCGACUCCAACCCGCCGUGAGCGAAAAGACAACCAUUGUGAUCAUCCAAAACGGUGUUGGCAAUGAGGAGCCGUUCCGAAAAGCAUAUCCCAAGUCAUCCAUCAUUACAUGCGUGACAUGGACAGGGGCUACGCAAACGGCACCGGGAACGAUCAAACACACCAAAUCAGAAGAUAUGCAGAUCGGCCUGUUCCCCAAUGCAUUGGUAGAUGCAUCAAUCGAGCGUACACGGCUGGACGCAUUCGCUUCUCUAUUGGAGGAAGGACGGACCAAGUUCCAAAUUCUCGAGGAUAUACAGCGAAGGCGCUGGGAGAAAGUUGUCUGGAACGCGGCCUGGAAUCCCCUCACUGCAUUGACAUUACUUGAUACCCAGUCCUGGCUUCAUUCCAGUGCUGAUGCGAUGCCCUUAACACGCCGUUUGAUGCGCGAGGUUAUUGAUGUGGGGCGCAGGUGUGGUGUGCCAUUGGAGUAUGGACUUGUUGAUGAGUUGAUGGACAAGAUCAACUCACUGCCGGGUAUUGGGAGUAGCAUGCAGACGGAUUAUAAGAAUGGCAGGCCUAUGGAGAUAGAUGUUAUUCUGGGGUUUCCGGUUAGAAAGGCUAAGGAGUAUGGGUUGGAGACGCCGGUUUUGGAUACGAUUCAUGCGUUGGCACGGGCUGUGGAUGGUCGGGUGAGGGCUUCUUUGUAGAGGGAUUUCUAAAUUAUAUAUGAGCUCUUCUAAGUUGGCGAUACAAAGGGUGCGGAAAGGGUUGGGUAGUCAUGUUUUAGAGUCGAGCCAGAGCAGAAUGUCGCCCAAUUUUCUUGUUUCUUGUAAGAGGCCAC